CCCUAGCCCUAUCUGCGUAACAGAUAAACUAAGACGAGAUGGGUUUAUUUCAGAAGAGGAGCUUUUGUGUGGUGACAGGUGCCAGCAGAGGCCUGGGGAGAGAAAUAGCGCUCCAGUGCUCCAGGGAGUGGAGCAAAGAAGGUGUAUUCUGUGACAUGGUCUUGACAGCUCGUAACCGCAAAGCUCUUGAAGAGACGAGAGACAUCAUUAUGUCACAAUCUCAUGGAAUUACAGUGCAUAUCGUAACUGGCGACCUAAACAACAUGGAGAGCCUGUCAACUGUCUGUCUGGAAAUUAUGAGCUUUUACGAUUCCUCCAAGCACGAUCAAGGAGUGCUAGUACACAAUGCUGCCACAAUGAAUGAGUUUGUACCUUUUCUUUCACAAAUCGACCCAUUCAAAAUUCAGUCCUUUCUAAAUACGAAUGUUACGUCUAUGAUUGUACUGACUACACAAUUUCUAUCAGCUUUAAACGGUGACAAGCACUAUGUGAUUCAUAUCACUGCCAACGUUGCUUCACAGUAUUCCAAGUGGUUCACUCUCUACUCUGUUAGCAAAGCAGCUAGAACAGCUUUUAUGGGGUCUCUCAAGGAAGAGUUGCCAGAUGUCCGUCAACUGAACUAUAGCCCUGGUCCCUGCGACACUGAUAUGUUGAAGGAGUUACCACCACACGUUUACUCCGUGGAUGACCUUGAUGAUCACCAACUUCGGCUUCUCACAGCUGAAGAGUCCAUUAGUAAGAUGGUUGGUGUUUUGAAAAAGGAUGAAUUUGAAAAUGGGUGUACUAUAGACUUUUUUGAUCGCAAAAUAUAGCUCCUCACAGCUGAAGAAUCCACGACGACCACGAGUAAUAAUUAUAUAAAAUGGUUGAUGCCUUUACUGUAUAUAUAAUUAUACUGUUGAUAGUAAUUAUCAUAAUCUGUGUACAGUAUUAAAUAUAAUACUAAUUAUGUAUGAUGUGAUUUGCAGAAUUCUG